UUUCAUAAAAUUAGAUUAGACUUUCAAGAGCAGAGAACUGAACAUCAAGUGAAGAAAAUGAGUCCAACCCCUACAGUAACUCCAGGAGGAAGUCCACAAAGAAGAGUGAAAGGAACAGUUGAGAUUAUUCCUCCAGAUCUUCCUUCCAAAUGCACCUGGCAUGUUGGAGUUGAUCCAAAGUCUACACCUCACCUAGUUUCUCACAAUUCCAUCAAGCAAAAAGAAAAGAUCCUCCCGAAUGUGCUGCAUCAAAUUGGCAAUACCCCCUUGAUCCGCCUGGAAAACUUGGCCAAGAAGUAUGACAUCAAAUGUGAGCUAUUGGCGAAAUGUGAAUAUUUUAAUGCUGGUGGGAGUGUGAAGGAUCGCAUAGCUGUAAGGAUGAUAGAAGAAGCAGAGAAAGCUGGAAAACUUAAACCUGGCUAUACUAUCAUUGAACCAACAUCUGGAAAUACAGGGAUUGGAUUGGCAUUGGCAGCAGCAGUGAAAGGUUAUCGAUGCAUAAUUGUCAUGCCAGAGAAAAUGUCCAAUGAGAAAGUUGAUGUGCUGAGGGCCCUGGGAGCAGAGAUAGUUCGAACCCCAACUGCUGCACGAUUUGAUUCCCCUGAAAGUCAUAUCACUGUUGCUCAAAGGUUACAGGCUGAAAUUCCAAACUCCAUAGUGCUGGAUCAGUAUAGGAACCCAGCAAAUCCCUUGGCCCAUUAUGAUGAGACAGCUGAGGAAUUACUACAUCAGUGUGAUGGGAAAAUUGAUGCUGUAAUCAUUGGAGCUGGAACUGGAGGGACAGUGACUGGAAUUGGAAGGAAACUGAAAGAAAAAUGCCCAUCUUGUCUUAUUGUUGGUGUGGAUCCUGAAGGCUCCAUUCUUUCUCCAACUUCAUCUGACAAUGAGGCUGGAUUUUAUGAAGUUGAAGGCAUCGGAUAUGACUUUAUUCCAACAGUGCUUGAUCGAAAUGUGGUGGACAAAUGGUACAAAUCCACUGACCGUGAGAGUCUCUUGAUGGCUCGAGAACUAGUACGAGAAGAGGGACUUCUCUGUGGUGGGAGCAGUGGAGCAGCAUGUCAUGCUGCAGUUGACUUUGCAAGAGGCUUAGAUUCUGAGAAGAGGGUUGUUGUCAUCCUUCCCGAUUCAGUCAGGAAUUACAUAACAAAAUUUCUCAAUGACCAGUGGAUGGUCGAGAGAGGUUUUAUUGAUGACAAGUGCCUCAAUGUCAAGCAGCACUGGUGGUGGGAUAAAAAGGUCAAUUGUUUGAGCUUGAAGGCUCCAAUGACAGUGCUGCCUGGUGUAAGCUGUCAAGAUGCUGUUGAGAUCAUGGACUCAAAUGGAUUUGACCAGCUCCCAGUGGUCGAUGAAGCUGGAGAGGUGAAAGGGAUGGUGACUUUGGGUAACCUAAUGGCCAAGUUACUGGCAGGGAAAGUGGAGCCACAGAGUCCUGUAGCUGAAGUGCUCUACAAACAGUUCCACAAAAUCACUAUGGAUACUACAUUGGUUCAUCUCACCCGCAUCCUUGACAAAGAUCACUUCGCUCUGGUUGUGCAUCAGCAGCAAUGCUUUAGGGACAAGAGCACUGUGACAAGCAAGGAGGUUAUCACUGGGAUCGUAUCACAGAUUGAUCUCCUGUCAUAUAUAACAUCUGAGGAAAAGGCAGCCCAGGCCACCAAUGUUAAGGAGAACCUCAAGGAGUCCUAAUUUGCAAGCUCUCUUCUCUCCAGUCCUCAUGAUUCUGACACUCCUUACUCACACUGAGCAUACUUUCUGCAUUCCUAAUCAAGGUGUUGCUUUUCAGUCCUCAAGAUCUGAGUAUUCUUUCUUUUUUUUCAGUGUUUGUGCUGUAUUUCAAAUAUUCCAGCAUGUUAUUUGCUCUUCGGCUUCAUCUUGGUGUUUCUCAAUUUUCUUGGGGAUAUUCAUCUGAACAAUGGCUGCAUGUCAUCCCUUGCAUAUAUUUCCUUAUUGCUUUACAAUGCUUAUUACAUUCCUUUGCAUGUUUUACAGAAAUUCAUGUCAAGAUAAAACUGAUUCUGGUGAAAGUUGCAUUGCCAUUUGUAUGAGCACAAGUGCCUGAAUGAUUCUUUUUCAGUAUAUAGGGCUCAGCAAGGGUUAUGAACCCAAUGUAAUGGGAACCUUCAACAACUAGUUUAUUGUACAAAUUUUGCAUAUUAUAGUGCAUUAGGUACAGAAUAAAGUAUAUUGGGUACAUUUCAGAGAACAGUACGUCUGUUUACCUGGUUAACGUGGAGUUGCCAGUGGUGGUAUUUUUCAACAAAGACAUUGCUUAUCUUGUGGCAUAACACAAUUAACACUCCUUAUAAUGCAGUCCAACAGUUCCAUUGUGUAUGAAGGCUUUGUGGAGUAAAAAUCUGCUUUGUUUUAGCCCCUAAAAUAAAAAUCCAGGGGAAUGAAGUCAAUCAGGUACAUUAUACUUCAUUGUGUAUGUACUUAUGCAUAGCCCUGUAUACCCUGUCAGGUUUUUUCAAUAAAAACUUGUGCACAA